AUGUCAAAGACAUCUGAUCAAGAGAAUGCCGAGCUCUCUGACACGCCGCGUCCGCUCCUGCCAGACCGACAAGAGUCUAUCCACCCAGCUCUUGAUCCCUCGCGGACCAACGUUCCUGUGACGCCUGGCUUCCAUUCUAGUGAUUUUGACGCAGAGGGUAGCGACCACUCCUCGGAAACCUCUUAUUUUGCCCACGACAUAAACAAGGUCCGCUCAGCAAUAGCCCAGUCUCCUGCUGCUGCGGCGUCUGGCGCCAAAUCGAAUCGAGAUCUCCUGCGCCGAAUAAGCCUCACGUCGGGCUUGGGAAGACAAGACUCCCUGAUAGACAUGGACCCCCGAGCUGCCAACCCCUCCUUGAGUCUUAGUGGGGGCAUCAUCUCUGCAACCUUCUGCAUACCACACACUCUGAAAUACAGAAAGGGCGCCGACUGGGGUCUCGGUAGUCGCCGCGGUACCUCGGCCCUUUUCGAUUCCUUUGCCUACCUCUCUUCCGAUAAGACGCCUUGGAACCAUACACUUGUUGGCUGGACAGGAGAGAUAAAUCCAGCGGACGAGGAAAUCACCCCUCCCAAUACACCACCGGCAAAUCCUACAGUGAAUAAGAUCCCUCUAAACAAGAACUCCGCUCCAAUUCCCGUCGAUGCGUUUGCGAAGCCUGUCGAGCCAGCAACGUCGGAGGGUCUACACAUCUCCAAAGAAGACAUAAAGGCACUGGAAACGCAAUUGGCCCGUGACAAGAAGGGGAGGACUGUACCUGUCUGGCUAGCAGACGACACUGAAGGGAUUAGCGAUGGAGAUUUAUAUUUGACAGAUCAGUCUCGGUGGAGAAGGUUUGCGGAGCAUGAACUCUACACGCUGUUCCACUACAAGCAGCACGAGCCUACGAAUGGUCGAGCAGAGCGUCAAACAUGGGCGGAUUAUUACAGGAUGAACCAAAAGUUUGCCAACCGUAUCCUCGAAAUCUACAAGCCCGGCGAUAUAGUCAUGAUCCACGACUACCACUUGCUGCUACUUCCAAGUAUGCUCCGGCAACGAGUCCCGCAUAUGUAUAUUUCCUUCUUCCUGCAUGUUCCUUUCCCUAGUAGCGAAUUUUUACGAUGCUUGCCACGCAGAAAGGAUAUUCUCGAGGGCGUUUUGGGCGCGAAUCUGAUCGGCUUCCAAGCAUACAGUUACUCUCGGCACUUUGUUUCCUGCUGUACCCGAAUCGUGGGAUAUCCUUCGGAUACUGCGGGUGUCGAUGCAUACGGGGGAAAAGUUAGUGUGGGCGUUUUUCCAAUUGGCAUUGAUGCUGCUGCCGUUCAGCACGAGGCCUUUGAUAACCCAGUUAUUGGCGAAAAGGUCACUGCUCUGCGGGAACUCUACAAGGACAAGAAAAUUAUUGUCGGUCGAGAUCGUCUGGAUACCGUGCGAGGUGUAGCACAGAAGCUUAUGGCAUUCGAGAGAUUCCUGGACAUGUAUCCCGAGUGGAGAGACAAGGUAGUCUUGAUUCAAGUCACCAGUCCCACCAGUGUUGAGGAGGAACAGGAAGAUGCGGGAAAUAAGAUCGCAAACAAAGUCUCAGAACUUGUCCUGAAGAUCAAUGGAGUUUACGGAUCAUUGGAAUUCUCUCCGGUUCAGCAUUACCCGCAAUAUCUAUCUCAGGAGGAGUAUUUCGCACUUUUACGCGCUGGGGAUGUUGCUCUCAUUACCAGUGUCCGUGAUGGAAUGAACACAACCAGUCUCGAGUACGUGGUAUGCCAGCGCAACUCUCAUGGCCCACUCAUCCUUUCCGAGUUUUCUGGAACUGCCGGUAGCUUGAAGGACGCAAUUCAUAUCAACCCUUGGGAUCUUUCCGGCGUGGCCCAUCAGAUUCAUUACGCGUUGACAAUGGGCGAAGACAAGAAGAUGGCAAUGCAUUCAAGCCUUUAUCACCAUGUUACCACAAAGAACGUACAGGCAUGGUCAACAGGAUACAUCAAGCGCCUGCUCAGUGUUCUCAGUGCACAUAACACACUUAUCUCGACGCCGCUUCUAGACAAGGCAAUUAUGCUUACACAAUACAGAGCAGCCACCAAGCGGCUCUUCAUGUUUGAUUACGACGGAACUCUCACUCCCAUUGUUAAGAACCCUAGCGAUGCCAUCCCGUCUGAAAGAGUCAUCCGCACCCUCAAAGCACUGGCAUCCGAUCACAGAAAUGCGGUCUGGAUCAUCAGUGGUCGAGACCAGGAGUUCCUGAGUCAAUACUUGGGUGAUAUUCCAGAGCUAGGAUUCAGCGCUGAGCAUGGAAGUUUCAUGCGUCAUCCUGGCAGUUCGGAGUGGGAGAAUCUUGCCGAAACAUUUGAUAUGAGUUGGCAGAAAGAAGUCAUGGAGUGUUUCCAAAAAUACACAGAGAUGACUCCUGGCUCCUUCAUCGAACGCAAGCGCUGCGCCUUGACAUGGCACUACCGCCCAUCGGACCCCGAACUCGGCGCCAACAAUUCCCGCAAAUGCCAGACAGAACUCGAGAAAACCGUUGGCAAGAAAUGGGACGUCGAAGUCAUGACUGGCAAAGCCAACCUUGAAGUCCGACCAACCUUCAUUAACAAAGGCGAGAUCGCUAAGCGCCUUGUUGCCGACUAUGGUAGUGAAGUUGGCGAACCACCAGAAUUUACUCUCUGCUUAGGAGAUGACUUCACGGACGAAGAUAUGUUUCGCGCCCUCAAUGGCAGCAACCUCCCGGUUGACCACGUCUUCACUGUCACCGUGGGCGCAAGCUCAAAGAUGACACUCGCGCACUGGCAUCUCCUCGAACCCUCAGAUGUAAUCAGUAGUAUUGCACUUUUGAAUGGUGGCGAUAGUGAUUUGGCUGAUCUGGGCCCGUUGGCAGUUGUCGAAGGCAGAAUCCCCGAAUCGAUGCCUGGUGAGAUACAUUGA